AUGAAACCCUCUAAAUAGCAACAACAACUUCAAUAAUCAUUUGCUACAUCCAAAUAAAACUUCAUUUCCAAGAACUAAUCAAUUGAGAAAUAAUCUAUUCAGAAUAACCAUUUAAAAGAACAAAGGCCUAGUCUAGCUUAAACCAAACCAUAAAAUACUUAGAAUGCUUCAUAUAUAAGAAUAAUCGAAAACUUUGAAAAUGAUAACAAGUAUAAUUAUAGUAUCAAAUAAAAUAAGGGAGAAUUUGUACUAAAAAUUAGUUAAAAAAAUGGAUGCUCAAAGAAAAAAUGAAGAACCCGGGAAAUGUUAAAAAUAAAAAAAAAAAAUUAAUAUCGAAGUUGAAUAACAUUAAAAAUAGAGGUCUUAUUCGGCUCUACCAAUUUUAAAAAGAUGGAGUCCUUCCGAAAACAUGAUUCAAACUUAAAGUAAUUAAUUUUGGCAACCUCAUUCCAUUGAAAAUGAAUAAAGUACUUCAACCAAGAAAGGUGAUAAAAAACAAUUAUAUUUCGCCUACUUUUGGAUUGAUUAAAACUUUAAUUCGUUCAUGCCUACAUUUUGUCCUCUAAACUAAGUAUGAAAAAUUUUAAAUACUUUAGGAAAAUCUAGAUAAGUGUUAUAAUUAGUUAUUGCAUUUAUUAAAGUACAAUUUUGAUUGA